CCUCUCUCAGACUCUACAGACCAAUAUAUAAAGCAUCUUAUCAUUGGGACAGGAGGCAGAAAUACACCUUCAAACAAUAACAUGCCAAGAUACACAGUGCAUGUUCGGGGGGAAUGGCUGGCUGUACCUUGCAAAGACAGUUCUGAAACAGUAAGAUGGCUGGGCAAGGAAGCACUCAGGCGGUACAUAAAGAAUAAGCCAGAUAACGGAGGAUUUGAUUCUGUAGAAGAUGUGAAGUUCUAUCUCCGAAGAUGCAAGGGUUUGGGUUUAUUGGAUUUGGACGAUCCAUUGGAAGAUGCUGUAGAUGACAAUGAGUUUGUUGAAGUGGUUUUGGAAGGAGAUGUGAUGUCCCCUGAUUUCAUACCAUCCCAGCCGGAGGGUGUUCAUUUAUAUAGCAAGUAUAAAGAGCCAGAUGAGUAUAUAACGCUAGAUGGCAAAAGCUUGACAACAGAAGAUUUGCUCAAUUUAGGGAAAGGCCUCUAUAAAAUAAAGUUAAGUCCAGAAGCUGAACAUAAAGUAAGCCAGUCCAGACUCCUUAUCGAAAACAUUGUUAAGGAGCAUAAAGUGGUAUACGGUAUUACAACAGGAUUUGGGAAAUUUGCCCGAACAGUUAUUCCAGUGAGCCAACUCAAGGAACUUCAAGUAAAUCUUGUCCGAUCCCAUUCAGCAGGUGUUGGAAAGCCUCUCAGCCCGGAUCGUACCCGCAUGCUUUUGGCUUUGAGAAUUAACGUCUUAGCGAAAGGGUACAGUGGUAUUUCUUUAGAAACUCUACACCAAGCGAUUGAAGCUUUUAACGCGUGCUGCUUGCCUUACAUCCCAGAAAAAGGCACUGUUGGUGCUAGUGGAGACCUUGCACCUCUCUCACACCUUGCGUUGGGACUUAUAGGAGAAGGAAAGAUGUGGUCACCCAAGAGUGGUUGGGCUGAUGCCAAAUAUGUCUUGGAAGCUCAUGGACUGAAACCAGUUUUACUGAAGCCAAAAGAGGGUCUCGCUCUUAUUAAUGGGACUCAGAUGAUCACAUCCUUGGGAUGUGAGGCUGUUGAGAGAGCCAACGCCAUUGCCAAACAAGCGGAUAUCAUUGCUGCCCUCACACUGGAAGUUCUCAAGGGCACCACUAAAGCCUUUGAUACCGAUAUCCAUGCGCUGAGGGCUCACCCAGGACAAGUUGAGGUAGCCUUUCGUUUCCGAUCACUGCUGGAUUCUGAUCACCAUCCAUCUGAAAUUGCAGAAAGUCAUCGGUUUUGUGACAGAGUCCAAGAUGCGUACACGUUACGUUGCUGCCCUCAGGUACAUGGAAUAGUAAAUGACACCAUUGCUUUUGUGAAAAACAUUAUUCUCACUGAAAUUAAUAGUGCGACAGACAAUCCUAUGGUUUUUGCAGAAAGGGGAGAGACCAUUUCAGGUGGAAACUUUCAUGGGGAAUACCCUGCAAAGGCUUUGGAUUAUCUUGCCAUUGGGGUCCAUGAACUAGCAUCCAUUAGUGAAAGGAGAAUCGAGAGGCUCUGCAAUCCCUCCCUUAGUGAGCUUCCUGCAUUUUUAGUUACAGAUGGAGGCCUAAAUUCGGGUUUCAUGAUCGCUCAUUGCACAGCUGCUGCCCUUGUUUCUGAGAACAAAGCUUUGUGUCAUCCUUCAUCUGUUGACUCAUUGUCUACAAGUGCUGCUACAGAGGAUCAUGUGUCCAUGGGUGGAUGGGCGGCAAGAAAAGCUCUGAGAGUCAUUGAAAACGUAGAACAUGUGCUAGCCAUUGAGCUGCUUGCAGCCUGCCAGGGAAUUGAGUUUUUACGCCCCCUCAGAACCACAACUCCAUUGGAGAAAGUCUACGACCUUGUGCGCUCUGUUGUUCGGCCUUGGUUGAAAGACCGCUUUAUGGCUCCAGACAUUGAGGCCGUUCACAGGUUGAUUGUUGACCAAAAGAUCUGGCGUGUUGCUGAACCAUAUAUAGAGAAAUAUAGAAUGGAGCAUAUUCCUGAAUCCAGACCUGCUUCACCAACUGCUUUUUCAGCGGAGUCCUCCCUGUCCAUGAGUAAUUCCUCACUGCAUGAUCACAAUGAGUCUCAAUGAUAAAGCCAUGUUUAAUAAUUAGUGUGGAAAAUGUAGUUGCUAUGUACUGUUGAACCAAGCCGGGUUUUUGACAGUUUUAUACCUGCUGUAUUGCAGGUAAUUGUAUGAAUAUUUGCGUGAAAUACUUUCUAAGAGAAACAUUUGUUUCCCGUGUGACUACAAAUUCUUCAAUGGAAAAUUUGUAACAUAGUAAAGGGUUUUUGAAAAUGAAAUCUAAACGUAAUGUAAUGUGACUGUCAGAUUGUUUUAUUGUAUACCAGUAUUCUGUUCAAAGCAUGCAAAUCGAGCAGCAUGAAUAAAGCCCAGUCUUUCAUUCAUUAAA